AUGUCACGGGUUAUAGCAAAAAGUCGAGCGGAAAUACCACUCAAGAAAAGUCCAAUUUCACGAGAGUGGCUUGGCCAACACCACUUCCAAUUAUAUGACGCUCCAAUUGUCUUACCCGAGUUGGAUAUUAAUAUUUCUCUUUCUCAAUUGCAAGUAGAAAAACAGGAAGAAUGCCAUAUGGAAUGUCUCCCCGAGUACAAACCAAGACACAAGAAAACUACUAAAUUCUUCUCUGAUCAAAUGAAGGACAUAUACCAUUGCAUAUUAAGUGGAGGGAAACUACCUUCUUUCUUCUUGGAAAAAAAGGAACCGUUAUGGACGACUACUGACUUGGAAAUAGUGAAAACAGUAGCAAUGAAAGGUAUUGUCGGCGUUGAAGAUUUGGUGACGGAUCAAAAAGUCGUCUAUUUGUUUUACGCGUUUGGUGUUGAUAAGACCGAAGACAUCAGGAAAAUGCUUUUUGAAAGAGUCGAAUUUAUCAGAAAUGCAAUUUUUGACGAAGAUAUUUAA